AUGCCGUCUGCAGUUGCGCAGCCAAAUGGCCAUCAUGAGGCGCUGAAUCCGAUCCAUCCUGACAUGUUGGACCGCCUCGACCCUGUCUUCGUUGAGCUUUACAACGAGAAUGUCGCAAAUACCCCAAACAAACCAAUCGAUCUAGCAUUUCUCCGGUCCAAGUACUCGGUCCUCUAUUCAUAUGGAACAGGUCCCGCCCCAGACGUGGCGCGCAUAUAUGAUUCUACAAUUCCCAUAAGUGAGAAAAUCGAGCUCGAUGUAAGAGUGUACGAGCCAUCAUCUACGGGGCCAUGGCCUGUUCAUAUCGACUUCCAUGGCGGUGGGUGGGGUCUUGGAGAUCUCGAUACAGAGGCACAUAUAUGCAAGCACAUCUGUCACGAAGCACAGGUCGCUGUGAUUGAUGUCGCAUAUCGACUUGUCCCUGAAAAUCCAUUUCCGACCGGGAUUGAAGAUUCAUUCGCCGCAGUUCAAUAUGUUUUCAAGAAUGGGGCACAGAAAUUCAACAUCAUUCCCAGCAGUAUAUCUCUUGGUGGCGUUUCCGCUGGAGCAAACAUAGCUCUGGUGUGCGCCCACUGGGCAAGGGAUGCACAGAUUCCGCUGAGAUUAAUUGCGACCGGUACUCCCACAAUUGACGAUCUCUCCAAAUAUUCAAGUGCGGGCGAGUCACCAUUCAAAUCAAUGCAUGAGAACGAGUUUGCCCCAACACUAAACUGGGCAAGAUUAGCUUGGUUCGACAAACUGAAGUGGAAUUCCCUGUCCAAGGAUCCCGCGGUCGAGAAGCAGCAAAGAGAACGAAUUGGCUGGGUCAAAAACCUGCUAGAUGCUCCAAACUGCAAAGAUCUGGCAAAGACAGUCAUAUAUACCGCUGGCGCAGAUCCGCUGAGAGACGAGGGCGAGGCUUACGCAAUGAAGCUAGUCGAAAAUGGAGUCGAGGUCGUCAUGAAAAGGUUUCCGGGGGUGCCACACCCCUUUAUGCACAUGACGAAAUCUCUAUGGCAAGCGAAGCAGUUCGUUGAGAUGACAAGUAGAGAAAUCAGGCAUGCUCAUCAUGUAGAGGCGUUGUAG